GAGGCGGAGCUGGGCCGGUGCCCUGUGAGGGUGGGAGGCCCGUUUUUCUUACCUGGAUUGCACACGCCUCACGUGAGGACGGCAGAGCUCCAGAUUUGCUUUGACUUCAGAUUGAUAUGAAAUGUGGGACCACCUUUGAGCCCUCACCUGGGAAGGACAGUCUUCUUUCUUAUUAAAAAUAAAUGCAUAAAUAAGAAAAGAAAAUGACCAGAGGAAUCAUACCAAAUGCCAGCGCUACAUCUUUGGUAUCAUCUAUUUUUUUAAUCCAUCAAGACAGAUGGGUUUAAGGAAGCUGAUUUUUCAUUGAUGUUUAUUCUUAGCAUUUUUACAUCAUCCAUCUUAAACUACAAAAUUUAACACAAAACCAUUUAAGCCUUUGGUUAAUAUAACGGUGUUUUAAACUUUCACGCUUAUCAUUUAUAUAUUUUAUUUUUACUUAAUAAAUACAACACAACUGACAGCAUCAGGAGAGCUAUGGACUUGACAGAUUGCACUGACUGUAAGUGGACAGUUCAAGAUAUCAUCCAUUUUAUCACCAGAAAUAUCACAUAAAGAUACAAUUCCAUGAUUUUUGCAAAUAAAUUUGCUUGAAAAUGCCCUGGGUAAAAUUCUUACGAAAACCUACCGGCAAUCUUGGAAAAGUUUACCAGCCUGGGAGUGUGCUCUCUCUGGCCCCUACCAAAGGAUUACUGAAUGAACCAGGACAGAACAGCUGCUUUCUUAAUAGUGCUGUACAGGUUCUAUGGCAAUUGGACAUAUUCCGACGAAGCUUGCGGAUUUUAACUGGACAUGUGUGUCAGGGAGAUGCCUGCAUAUUUUGUGCACUGAAGACAAUAUUUGCACAGUUUCAACACAGUCGAGAAAAAGCACUUCCCUCCGAUAAUAUAAGGCAUGCUCUUGCAGAAAGCUUCAGAGAUGAGCAGCGAUUUCAGCUCGGCCUUAUGGAUGAUGCUGCUGAGUGCUUUGAAAAUAUAUUGGAAAGGAUUCAUUUUCACAUAGUGCCAAGCAGAGACGCAGACAUGUGUACUUCUAAGUCUUGUAUCACUCACCAAAAGUUUGCUAUGACGCUGUAUGAACAGUGUGUGUGUCGUAGCUGCGGAGCAUCAUCAGAUCCUCUGCCUUUUACAGAAUUUGUGCGGUACAUUUCUACAACAGCUCUAUGCAAUGAAGUCGAAAGAAUGAUGGAAAGACACGAACGCUUCAAGCCUGAAAUGUUUGCAGAAUUGUUGCAAGCGGCAAAUACCACUGAUGACUAUAGAAAAUGCCCCAGUAACUGUGGCCAAAAAAUAAAAAUCCGUCGUGUUUUAAUGAACUGCCCAGAGAUUGUUACAAUUGGCUUAGUCUGGGAUUCUGAACAUUCUGACUUGACUGAAGAUGUUGUUCGGAAUCUAGCAACACAUCUUUUCCUACCUGGGCUUUUUUAUAGGGUUACUGAUGAAAAUGCCAAAAAUAGUGAGCUUCACCUUGUUGGUCUAAUCUGCUACACGAGCCAGCAUUAUUGUGCCUUUGCUUUUCAUACCAAGAGUUCUAAAUGGGUGUUUUUUGAUGAUGCAAAUGUGAAAGAGGUUGGAACUAGAUGGAAAGAUGUAGUCUCCAAGUGUAUCCGAUGCCACUUCCAGCCACUGCUUUUGUUUUACGCAAACCCAGAUGGCACAGCAGUUUCGACUGAAGAUGCACUCAGGCAGGUCAUCCACUGGUCACAUUACAAAUCCAGUGCAGAAAAUAUGGGAUGCGAAAAGCCGUCAGGCUAUAAGCCAGAUCACUCAAAAGAAAAUGGAUUUGGUGAUCAGGUAAAGCUGAGAGAAAAUCAGAAGAUUCAGACAGAUAGUGUGCCAUCGUUUAAUCGGAGCCAUGCUCAAAUAAGUGGAGGUAGAGGACCAGUUAAGUUAAACCACAGUGAUCAAAAGGAAAAGAUAAAAGACAUUUCAAGAGAAUGUGCUCUGAAAGCCAUUGAACAGAAAAAUUUACUUUCCUCCCAAAGAAAAGAUUUGGAGAGAGGACAAAGAAAAGAUUCAGGUCGACCUAGAGAUCUGGUCGAUGACAACAUUUCCUUUUUCAAGUCUGGAUCACCUCCUACCCCAAAUGGUUUCAGACACUAUGGGAAUGCACGUCUUUACCACAGCCCAGGAAAAGGACCACGGAAACCUGACCAAAUGGCUCAUCAGAAUCGAGCUGCUCCACAAAUGCUAAGUUCAAGUAAAUCACCGCUCCUUCCUCCGGGAGCGAAGCUCACUGGCAGAGUGAAGAGUGACAGUGGCGCUGGGUAUGACACGGACAGUAGCCAGGAUUCUAGGGAGAAAGGAAGCGGCUGUAACAGCACCAGUAAAAGCCGGAACCGAGGUUGGAAACCUAUGAGAGAAACCUUAAAUGUUGAUAGCAUUUUCAGUGAGAGUGAAAAAAGGCAGCAAAGCCCAAGACAUAAAUCAAAUAUUAGCAACAAACCUCAAUGUAGCAAAGAUCAGUCUUUUCACAAUUGGCCAAAAGAGCAUCCAAAGCAACAAGGGUUGACGACCAUCUAUGAAGACGAAGGAAAGCAGGAGACAGGCAGCCGGAGCUCGCUCGACUCUACUGGAAAAGGAAUGGAGAAGAACAAAGGCCUCGGGGAGCCUCAGCUUCCUGGUGACAACUGGCAGAUGCAGAGGACUGAGUCUGGCUAUGAGAGCAGCGAUCGUAUCAGUAACGGAGCUGCUCACUUGGAUUCCCCUGUGAUUGACGGAAAUGGCACAGUAGUGGAUUCCAAUGGUAUUAAAGAAGCAGUAUCCUUGAGUGACCAGAUUAAGUCAAACAACCUAAAAACGGAACAUGUGGACUGUAUCUCUCAGCAGAACAAAAACCACCUGGAAGGUUUUAGAAAAGGACUCAAGAACUUUAAAUUAGGCUGUACACCUCAUGAAUUCCACCCAGAAUCACAUCUACAAAUAAGAAAUCCUUUAGUAAAAAGGUCCCAUACACAAGAAACCAGUGGAAAGUUAAUCCCUUCAUCCAGUUCACAAAUACUCAAGGACCAUACUGCAAGAGAACAGAUCCAUCAGUCAGGUGACCAGAACCUUGAAAAAUCAAGUGAAUACAAAGUUUCAGAAUGGCGAAAUAUGGAAAAUUCUGAGAGAACGGGUUUGCCUUUUCGUGUUGGUGACAACUCUGCUUCUGGAAAAAGAGUGGACACUAAUGGAGGAACUUCACCAUCUCCAUUACGGCUGUCACAGGCGAGAGCUAUUGGGUUAAAGGCAGAAACUGCUUCUACCACACAGCAGCAAAAUACAGUGGGACAAAGUUACUCUAAGAACUCACUACCCAGGGAACAUGUAAUUCCAUCCGCCUGCAGGUCUGAUGGUUGCCAGUUGCCAAAACUUAUUUACCAGAACCUACCACCCCCUUUGCCGCCAAAGAAAUAUGCUGCAUCUAGUGUGCCACAGUCAGAGAAAAAGGAACCGACACCUGAUGUCAAAGUUACAGAGAUGUUUAAAGCUAAUUCCUUGAGCCUUCCAAAGAGCAGUGUAAGUACAGCUUCAGAAGCAGGUUUAGGAGUGAGUGCUUACAUGGGUGAUGAGAGACUUAAGGAAACAUACACAGGCUGCCUGUCCAGCUCUUCAACAAAUGAUCUUCAGGCAGACACACGUGCAGUCGGUGAGGCAUUUUGCCAACCAGAAGGAGGAGGUUCUAGUUCUACGGGUCCAAGUGAGACCGUUUCCUUAACUACGUAUUUUUCCGUUGAUAGCUGCAUGACUGAUACAUAUAGAUUGAAAUACCAUCAGAGGCCUAAGCUCUGUUUUCCGUAGAGCAGUAGCUUUUAAAAUGAUAAUUCGUUCUCUCAGACUGAAAGAGGGCCUAGGGACCCGUGAUACAUAAUAGAAUUGGUUCAGGUUGUCCUUGUGAACAAAGAUAAAUGUAGCAUGUAUUCUCAAUAGAUAAAUGAUGAAACUGGCAAGCGUAGAGGUCUCAUAGGCCAUAGAAAAUGGAUCCUGGCAUUUUUAAAGUUAUUAAUCACUUUAACUUUGUAUGCAUGUAUAUAUGGUUAAAUUAUGUAUGUACAUACUUGUCACUAAUAUGGGUAGGUUCCAAAGACCAGGUAAUUUUGUAAAAAUUGGCAUUAUGCAAAAGUAGAGGAUGACAACAUCACUACAUAACUGCCAGAUUUUAUCAUAACUGCCAAACCACUCAGAAUCAUGGCCAACCAUAAUUGACACUUAUCUGUAACCUUCAAUUUUAGCAUUACCUUCCCCUUGUACCUCAGCUUUCAUUACUGCCAGCUGCACGUUAUGUGCAAGAUAGAUUUUUUUAUUGUGAUAAGUUCAAAAGAUCAGAUAACAAGGUAGUCAAUAAGUGAGGUGUAUAAUUUUUACAUGUGAUGAUCAACUUAUUGAAUAUUUUAGAAGUUACCUUUAAUAGUUUUGCAUGCCUUGAAAAAUAGAAAAUCAGGGUAUGUAACAAGUCUUUUGCCAUAUGCUGCAGCUGAAUAAAAAGUACAUUUAUCUCUCUAGUAUGUGGCUAGUGGACACAUAUUCAACCAACCCAUUACCAGCUGUGCAGAUUGGUAACUAUGCUAAUUGAAAAACAACAGGUUGAUACAUUGUCUAGAUAAAGCAUUAUUUGCUUUAUGCGAAGCACUUUCUAAUGGGUAACCAAAGGAGGGCUUCACCCAUUUGUUUUUGACUUCUGUGAUAGUCUACUACAUACAAUCCCCUUAAGUGUCUUAAAAAAAAUUCAUCCAUGAAAUGCAUAGUGUUGGGGAGAAAAUGCCUUAAUGAUAAGCAGCUCUUAAAUUCUCAAGGUCAUGAUAGUUUACAUCUAGAACUUUUAUUUUCAGAAUGCCUAGUUAACAUACACCUAAAUAUUUUUGUUCAUAAAUACUUCAGCCAUGUAAGCUAAAUAUAAUUAAAAUAGUUACUAUAUUACUUGUUACAUUUUGUUUCUAAUUUUAUAUGAAUGUGAAAGGUUUUUAUUUUGUUUGGUUUACUUUGGGCUGCUAAUAACCAAUGUCAGUAAUUAUUGUAAGGCGAGCUGCUUGGGAAGGUCACUGUGACUGCCUGGGAUUUCCUUGCUAGUCUUUGCUGAUUUGAAGCUGUCAGCCUAAUUUCUUGAUGUUCAUAUUCUUGAAUCUGUAAAUCUACUUGGGUUUCAAGAUUAAAUUUCUGCUGUUCUUGUAGAGGAUUUAAUUUCAAUGAAAUAUCCUAUGGAGUGUCCCUCUCCUUUUUUCUACUCUAAACCACCAGUAAUUUUACUCCACCUACUUUAUGAUAGGGUUUUUGCUUAAAAAAUUUUUUUCCAUUACUGUAAGGACCUUACAAGUGAAAAUACGUUUAGUUACCUUAUUUCAUUAGUUGUCAUUUUGUUCUAAACUGGGUUAGAAUUGGUUUAUACUGUCUACUCUCUACAGAGACGUGAGAAUUAUGAAAGUAAAAUUUGCAUUUCAUUCAAGAAUGGAUAAAAUUAAUAGAUAUAACUUAAAAAUUCUGUAAAAAUUAGUAACUUUUAUAUUUUAACUGAUUUCUUAAAUUGUGUAAAAAUAUUCCAAAGGAUAAUUAAUUACAAAUGACUGCUUUUAGAGUAAUAGCAAAUAAUUAUCUGUAAAUGGUUGGCCUUACCCAAUUACCAGAUCUUGACCAAAUUUUGUCUUCCACUGGUAGAGAAUUUUCAAGUUUUAAUCGACUUUUCUAAUAGUAGUUGAUUAUUACUUGAUAGUCCCUUAAUUUAGAAAUACUUGAAUUAUCAAUGGAAUUUUAUCCUUUAAGUUUAUUUUUAACAAUUUUUAGUAUGAAAAUUUGUAAAUAUUGUGAUGUUUGUAAAAUUAUAUGAAAUAUCAUUUAUAUAAUUUCUGCUUUUAUUACAUUGUAAAAUAUUAGAGAAGUAGAUGUAUGUCACAUUUUUAAUAGCUUUAGUCUGGGUCAUUUUUCUCUCUAUUUUCUCUUUGUUCAAGAUAUCCAGCUGAAAGUGUAUUAUUAUUAUUGUGACACAAAUUAAUUUCUAAUAAUUUAACAGCAUAGAUUUGUCUUUUUAACUCAAAAUUAUCAACAUCAAAUAGAAUGCCCAAUUUUGGCAUUUUAAACAUAUUGUCCAGUUGAUGCCUCCUGAAUCAUGUGGGUAGUACAAAACAUGUCUUUAUUUUGCUUUAAUAUUCCAGAUGUAGAUUGAAUAUAUAUUUCCCACACUAAUCAUGUAAAACUUUGACUUAUAAGGUGCCUAUUUAUUUUUAUAAAUGUUUUCAUCUGGUUGUAAGCUUAUGAGAACUUUUUUAACACAUCCAACUGUUGAUGUCAUGCUCAAUGUUUUCAGAACAUUAUAUUUUCAAGUAAAAACAAAUUUCUUCUGGUUCAAAAAAUUUUUUUAAGAUAAACAGAUUUUUAAGUUAA